AUGAGCAGUUCAUCGAGUGCGUCUCCCUAUCGUUCUUCUCGAGUGGAAGAGCUACCCGCCGUCACAUCCGGUGGGAGCUGCAGUGUCUUGAGCAAUAACAAUGAUGUCACUUCAGUUGGAUCCAACUCAACCAAGACGCGCUUUAGUUUCUACAAUGCCGAAGAGGUCCAGAUGGAGGAACAAAAUAUCAACACCACCACCACCACUGGUAACAGCAAUACCAACAACAAUGCUCGCAACAAGGACGAUAAAAACAAACCAGUCGACGGCGACAAGGCGGCGAAUGCCAGUACCAACAGUGUACUCAACUCCAUUGGUAGCAGCGGCAGCAGCAGCAAUGAACAUCAGCGCUUUAACUUUUAUAUUGCAGGAGAGACAGGCGUCGGCAAGAUUGAAGAUGAUCGCAGGAGUCCUCACACACUCCUCGUGACGGAAGAUAACGACAACAAACGAACACCUGCUGUCACUUCGAACACUAAUACUGCUUUAUCCACCUCGGAAACGAGCCAAAAACCAACUUCCAGAUCGACUAGUGCUGGAAAAGCUAUUACACCUGCUGCUGGGACACCCCAGAGAAGCAACAGUAGUAGUUUGACAUCAUCGGCUCAAAAAAAGAAACAACGAGCUGUUCAAGCGGCUGCUGCAAGGGCUAGAAAUCACAGCAAUAAGUCAGACAAGGAUACCCCGACUAGGAAACAACCAGCAGGUAGCAGCAGCCACCAUGAAGCAACGCAAGAAGAACAGCACAGCAACAUGGAUUCGGUAGAGAUUCUUCGAUCCCUCAAAGACACUGAACAAAUGAGGUAUAAUCUCAUGAAGGAAUGUCAUCCCGACACUAGCAGCACCAACAACAAACAACUUCAUCAGGCAGCGUCUGGUUCGUCUCAUGACACUAGCAGCCAAGAUUCGCCACCCGAAGUCUUUCAAGAUGCUGCUGAGACCUUACCCAAUGAACAUCUUCAUCAACCAUUGAUGACCACGACGGCCAGGGGAACUACGAGAUCGGAUUAUCACCCUGAUUUUCACAAUUCUCUCCAACGACCUGCUACCACUGUCAUGCAGACCACUAAUGGCAAUCUUCCUCCCUCUUUUGCUGCUACAACCACUACUUGUGCUCCCAUGAAUAGCAAACAGCCCAAUCCCUACGAAGAUGCCAUUCGGGAAGCAUUGGAUCUUCUCCGCAGACAUCGACCUCCUUCUCCAGGGCAACAUCAAUUGGCGCCCACCACGACAAAUAAUAAUAGUAACACGACGGAUCCAGAACAACAACCAUCAGCAUUGGCCAUCGACAUGAACGUCGUUAACAAUACCAAGACACCUCGGGAUGCCGAUAGAGUCUUGCAGUCCCGGUGGGAAAGUCCACUCCAAAAUCAAGAAGAAUUUGAUUCCAGGAGAAAAGAACGGCAAGAACGAAUGGCACGGUAUACCUCGAGAUUGGCCGAAUUGAAAAAUGGAGAAGAACCCUUAACCAUGCUCAAUCGACCGGCGUCCACCAUUGAAGAAGAGGAAGAUGGGUCCAUGCUCUCGUCCUUGCCCUCCAACUCGAUGGAUCAACAUCAACUCUUGGCUGCCAGUUCCUCUUUUCAGUCGCAACAACAGCGCAUCAUGGCGUCGUCUUCCUUGUCACCACAUCAGGCACCGGCUCUCUCAAUGUCGAUGAGUAAUGGUGGGGGUAUUCCGUCUACCUGCCCUUCGGGUGAUUUGGCCAGUAGUGCUUCGUCCCUGUCGGCCUCGCACUACAAUCCACAACAGCAAGGAGCAAACAACCCCAACAACCCCAAAGAAGUGCAUCGGAGCGUCGAACGAGUCUUGCUGGCUAUCCUGGAACGAGCGCACAGCAACGGACGAGGUGUUCAACUUCAACAGUCUGCUACCAUCGAGACUGCCGCCUCUCAUGGCUCGCAUUACAGCAGCAGUAGUAGCGGCAGCAACAAUCAUCAUCACCACCCCCGAACGACCGCACAACCGGACAUUUCUUCCUGGCAAGGAGAAGAGAAAAAAUCACCGUCCGCUGAUCAACUGUUUUUGGCCCCCUCUUCGUCCUCGCAACAACCGCUACAGCCAGUAGGAUCCGAAGCAGAAGAUCCCUUGUUGCGAGCCGUGGGUGAAUUAUUGUCAUCGAGCGGUGGCGGUGGUGGAGCCAGUGUCGUGUCGAUGGGCUCCCAACAACAACAGCAAGAACCACCUAGCACGGUGAGGCCACCCACUGACAGCUACAGCAGCCAUCGUACUCACUCUCACACCAACAGCAACAGCACCAAUGACCAGAUCAGUUUGGCGUCAGGGGCUAAGCGUUCUGUGGUGGAAGAAUUACUAGCUGAGGCAGAAUCAUUUGGCGAACAACAACAGCAGCAGAAGCAACCACACGUUCAACAACCGCAAUCCGUGGCAGAUAAUCAGCACCAAUCAUCCGAUGGUCACAGCGGGAAUGAGAGUAAUAAAAGGGCGGAGGACCUGUUGAAUUGUUCGACCGGUGUGGAAGCUGUUCGUUCCGACCAGGGCGCGGAUGCCUCCGAAGUUGACAGGGAACUAGAUGACUUGGUUUUGAAAACACUGGGCAAGUCUACGGCACCCGCCGAAAAGGAAGAACCGGCUCGUGACGACGACGACCAGGCCGAUGAAGAUGAAGACUACGAGGAAGAGGAUUCUCAUUCUCGUGUUUUGGGUCCGCUGAGCAAAAAGGCCGGCGGGACAACGGGGGUCGUUUUGGAGUCCAACCUCUCCCCCGAUCGUUCCUCGGGAGAGCGAUCAAUUUUUGAUUCGUUGUCCAAUGCCAUGACGCUUGUGGCAUCGGCGAUUUCUGGUGACGAAAAGGCUGCGGCGUUGCAUCUGCAGCAGCACUCAUCGAAGUCUUCCUCUGGUCGUGACAAGUAUGCUACUGACUUGGACUUGGACACAGACGAACACGACGAAGAUGAUGAUGACGACGAAGAUGAUGAUGACGUCGAAAGCAUAGAUCAGUCCGCUUCCAGCGACGAAGAGGUCGACGAAGAAGCAGGGGAACUGAUGAGAUCACUUUGCGCACAUCUGCUUCCCUUUGGCGUCGACCAAUCCAAUCGUUUCUUAGACGAAGUUCCCCAUUGGGAUGAUUCCAACCCCAAUGAGGCAGGCUACAGAAUUAUUCGACUGACAAACCAACAAUUGCAACGAGUUGAGCGCGCUUUUUCGGGCAUGGUGCACGGUCUGAAGAAGAAUUCCGAACAGAAUCUUAUUGCAAGUAGCCAACCAGAAGGUGGCAAUGGCGAAGUGGACGAUACUUUUGAAAGGGAUUUGGCUGUCGCCGAAAAGGCGCUGGAUCGCGAAGAAGAAAAUAGAACCACCGCCAUCAUGAAAACCCUCAAGUUGGGCACUCAAAAAGAUGGAAAUGGCACCGUCCCAGCGCCAAAUCCAACAAUCAGUGAGAGCGAUGGAGAGAGCGAUGCCGAAGGCAUUAGCGGAAAAGGCAUUUCGUCAGCAGGUGAUUGCCAUCCUAUUUUCCCCGGUGUCCACUCUGCUGGAAAGGGAGAAAUGGGGGAUUUGGAAUACUUUCACUUGCCCGUGAUUUUCAAAUCCCAUGUCACCGGUUUUGAACCAACAAAAGAUUUAUUUUUGGAGCCUGGCAAUGUCGUAGCUGGCCAGUAUCUUGUGGAAAGUGAACUUGGAAGUGCGGCAUUCAGCACUGCCUAUCGCUGUGUUGAUUUGAACUCGGAAGGCGACGACACAGAAGAUGGUCACCAAGAGGUCUGCCUGAAAGUUAUCAAGAACACCAAAGACUUCUUUGACCAGUCGCUAGACGAAAUCAAGAUCCUAGAGUUGCUACGGCAAACAGGAAAGUGCCACCAAAACCACAUCAUCGAAAUGAAGACAUUCUUUUACCAUCGGGAGCACCUGAUCAUUGUUACGGAACUGCUACGUCAGAACUUGUUCGAGUUUGGGAAGUUCAUUCUAGAUCACGAUGAAGAGCCCUACUUCACACUGCCGCGGCUGGGUUUCAUUACACGGCAGUGUAUGAUAGCAUUGCGUUUUGUCCACAAUUUGGGAUUGGUUCAUUCAGAUGUCAAGCCUGAAAAUAUUCUGCUGGGAAGCUACAGCCGAGCGCAAGUUAAACUGAUUGACUUUGGUAGCAGUUGCUAUUUGACGGAUCGACAGAGCUCCUACAUCCAAUCUCGGUCAUAUCGCGCUCCAGAAGUGGUUCUCGGAUUGCCGUAUGACGGGAAGAUUGACGUCUGGUCCUUGGGUUGCGUUGUUGCCGAAAUGUUGACCGGAGAAGUGACUUUCCAAAACGACUCGAUUGUUUCCAUGUUGAGUAGAAUCGAAGCCAUCUGCGGGCCUUUUCCUCGACACAUGAUUGCACAGGGUCGGCAAAGCUGUCGAUUCUUCACUAAAUGUGGGCUCUUGUUUGAAAAGGUGAAAGGCGAGGACGGGCAGAAAACACCGGAUGCAAGCGAAGAUGAAGACGAGGAAGACGACUCGGAUAUCGGAGGAAGAGGCGGCAGGGCUGUUUUUGAUAUCUUCCAACCUAAGGUGACCUCGUUAGGGUCUCGAUUGGGAUUCGCGGCUGAUCUCCACGAACGAUACGUGUCCGGUGCAACUUUGUCCGCCACAGAAGAAAGACAAGCUCAGUUCGUGGAUUUCGUCAAGAAGCUGUUGACGAUUGACCCCGACUCGAGACCGUCCGCAUCAGAGGCGUUGAAACACCCUUGGAUGCUUUAUGCAGCAACGUUGACAGAGGAAAACAUCAAAUAUCCCUCAAGUUAA